AUCAUCUAAGCAGAACAUGCGUCUGUUAUCCCUCCGCCGCUCACUCCCUCCCUCACUUCUCCUCCGCCGCACCAUGUCCUCCUCCACCGCCGCCCCCAUCACCCCCGCCACCACCAAGCUAGGGUGGAUCGGCACGGGCGUGAUGGGCAGCUCGAUGUGCUCCCACCUCCUCAAAGCGGGCUUCACCGUCACCGUCUUCACCCGCACCAAAUCCAAGGCCCAAACCCUCCUCUCCAUGGGGGCCCACUGGGCCGAUUCCCCCAAAUCCCUCGCCUCCCAAUCCGACGUCGUCUUCUCCAUCGUCGGCUACCCCUCCGACGUCCGCCACGUCCUCCUCGAUCCCUCCUCCGGCGCCCUCUCCGGCCUCCGCCCCGGCGGCGCCCUCGUCGACAUGACCACCUCCGACCCCUCCCUCGCCCUCGAGAUCCACUCCGCCGCAGCCUCCGCCGGCUCCUCCUCCGUCGACGCCCCCGUCUCCGGCGGCGACCGCGGCGCACGCCUCGCCGCGCUCUCGAUCUUCGCCGGCGGAGACGAGGCCGUGGUCAGCCGAUUAACCCCUCUCCUCAGCUGCCUGGGUAGGGUUUACUACAUGGGCGGCGCGGGGAAGGGGCAAUUCUGUAAAUUGGCAAAUCAGGUGACGAUUGCGUCGACGAUGGUGGGAUUGUGCGAGGGUUUGAUCUACGCGCAUAAGGCCGGUCUCGAUUUGGAGAACUAUCUCACCGCUAUUUCGACUGGCGCUGCCGGAUCGAAAUCGCUCGAUCUGUACGGCGCGAGGAUUUUGAAGAGGGAUUUCGAGGCAGGAUUUUACGUGAAUCAUUUCGUGAAGGAUUUGGGGAUUUGUUUGAGGGAAUGCCAGAGCAUGGGGCUGUCACUGCCGGGGCUGGCCUUGGCACAGCAGCUUUACGUAUCGCUUCAGGCUCACGGUGAGGGCGAUUUGGGGACGCAGGCGCUAAUUCUGGCGCUCGAGAGGCUUAAUAACGUAUCGAUUCAGCCGAUCUAAGCCGGGAAAGUUGGUGUUAAUGAUGGUGGAGCUUGUAUCGUGGUUAUCAUGAAUGGUGUUUCUUUUUGUCUGUGAGAAUGCAAAUAUGUAAUUCAUCACAAUAAAGGUUGUCACAUUUAUGUGAGAAAUAAUGUUUCACUA